AUGGAGGAGAAUGGUCACAAUGAGAAGAAUAAUGUAGGCGAAAAUAUUGAUGACAAAGAUAUUAUUUCCGUUGCGAGGGAAGCAUUAUGUUUACCAGAUGCUAUUUUACAACCAAAUAUUGAAGAAAUUGUAGAUACCUAUAUGUCACAUGGUGGAACAGAAGAUGAAGUUUUUGACAUGUUAAGUGGUUCAUUUGAAGGAACACUUCAGAUGGCUAAUGAAUUGGCAUGUUUACUUACAGAUAUUACUUAUGAAAGGUUAGAUAGUACAGAAAGUCGUUUAAAAAAAAAGUCACGAAAAAAGAAAACAAAAACUGAAGAUGAUUUACCAUCUAUAUCACCUGAAGUUGGUGAGAUAGUUAUUGAUGCAGUAAAAAAAGUAUUAAUUAAAAAUUUUAAUCCAGAAGUUGCUGAUAAAAUAAUAGAAUCAAAUCAGGGUGAUGUUGCUGUUAAUAUUGUAAAUAGUUUAACAAAUAAUGAAUCAUGGAGACCUGUUGUUUAUAAACUUAUUCAAGAACAUCCUAAUUCAUCUUUGUUAUCUGUUUGUUUAAAAUUUAUCUCACAAUUAGGAUAUCAUAAUGAAAUAUGUAAUAUUCCAAUGGCAACUAAUCAACUAGAUAUUUUUUCACGUAUAGUCAGUUCAUCAUUAACAAAAUUAAUACAAUCUCAUGAAAAUGGUACUGGUACAGAAGAGUAUGAUAAAGCUUUUGAAGAAUUUGUUAAGAUAGCUGCUUUUGGUGAACAUAGUUAUAUAUUUACUACAUCACUAUUACUUAAUAUGAUUAAUAGUAAUGAUGGUAAGAAAAAAUGUACAUUGGGGCAUAUUUUUGAAGAAUUAAAUAUUUACUGUUAUAAUAAAGAUUAUGAUUAUACAGUGUCAACAAUUUCUAUGAUUAAUAAUACCAUCAAUCCAAUACCAAGUGAUAUUAUAUCAGCUUACCAAACAAUGAUAAGAAAAAAAAAUGUCAAUCCAACUGAUAUUUUAACUUUAUAUAACGCUUACUCAUCUUCCAGUCCCCCACCAAUACAUUUUUUACGGGACAUUGUUUUUAUGGAUCUCCUGAUAAAUGUUAUUUUUACAAAAGAUACAUCAUUAAAUAUUAAAAAUCAACGACAUACAUAUGUUUAUCUUUUGGCAUACUCUGCUUGUGUAGUUGAAAAAGUUAAUGAAACAAAAAGAAUUCAUUGUAAACAAGAAUUAGAACCAUUAAUUGAGGAAAUUAAUAAAUUUCUUAAAAUUAUUGAUAAUUCAGAAGAUUUUGGUAUUGUUUUUAAUACAUUAGAAGAAUUAAUUAAACAACCUCUUAUUGCUGCUGGAUGUUUACAAUAUAUAAAAAGUAGUAUUACAGCACAUAAAUAUGCAGUUGAACCAAAUACAUCACAUUAUGUUUUAAUAGAUGAAAUAGGAAAUAUACAUAUUAAUUUACGUGACAGAGUAUUUCAAACAUUAAAUCUUAUCUUUGCUCAUAUCUCUUCACUAUCUAAUGAGUCAGCUGAAGUUAUUAUUCAAAAACAAAAAUAUAUCAUUCAUCGUUACAUACAUCUUUUAUCAACAGGAUAUUGUAUACCAGUAAUAAGACAUUUAGAACAAAUGUAUAAAACUAAUCAAAUGGAUGUCAGUCUAAUGAGACUUUUUGCUGUUGAAGUUAUUGAAAUAAUCUCAGGACCAUAUUCACAAGAAUUUUCACAAACAUUUCUUCCUAUACUACUAAAUACUGAUAUAUUUCAUGAUGAUAUAUUUGAUAAAAUGAAUUUAAAUUGUCUUGUUGAAGAAAUGGAAUCUGUAUAA